AUGCUCUUCCUACGGAAAAGGAAUCCGACGUCUAUCGUUUUCUCGCCGAGCACCGAAAUGGAGACUGGCGGCGAUGUCCCUGGCAUGGUCACCAUUUCUCGCAAGCACGUAGGGAUAUCCGGUUGUGAUAUACACCGUCCCCGAAAGUUGCUCUCCCACCGUGUCUUAAAGACCAUCGGAAAAGAUCUAACGAUGUUCUUCAACGUCAAGGACUUGGUCAUUUGUGUUGCAGACGCCAUGGAGGCGCACCAGGCGGCGUUUGAUAAGGCGUGUAUUCUGCACUGCGAUAUCAGUGCCGGAAAUAUCCUGAUCACCCCGAAUAAGAGAGGGUUUGACUGGGAUCACUGCUCCAUUCUGAAGGCCAGGACCGCGAAGUGCACGGGCACAUGGCGAUUCAUGUCUGCGCGCCUUAUGGACUCCGUAUGGAACCCCGACACCCUGAUAGACGAAAAAGAGUUCUCGCUCUGGGUUCUCCUUGACAUGGCUCUCCGACAUACUCGUCAUCCCCUUUCCCCGAUUGCCCUGCACCGAAAAAUGGAAAGCUUGUUUGAGGACGGAUCCCGCCUGCGUACUGGCGACCUUGUGAAUCGCAGUUUUCUACGCGGUGAUCACGCAAUGCCUUUCUUUGCUGUCACCGGUCUCAGCCAGAUGUUGCGAGAGCUAGCCGACGUUUUCGAUGUCCGACAUCAAGCGGAACCUAGGCAGGCUGAAGAUGAGUUGUAUGAGGUGGUUAAGGCAUCGCUUCCUAACUUGGUAGAGAGCACUCAGAAAUGGAGGUAUCUGAAGAAGAUGGAGAAACUGAACAGCGCUACCUUGCUUUGUCAUACCUUGCGCGCGCAUGCCGAAAAGGUGAAGGCUCCUGACAAUGGUAGCUAUGACUGGUGUUGCAAUGCUUGCUACAGCGAGGACAAGUACAGGGAAAGCCCCAAAAAACGUAAGGCGGAGGGGACAGAUCGUCUUGAGAUGAAGAGGUGGAAAGGGAUGGGCGCUGAGAUGUGUAGCCGCCACGACGAUAUUAUGGUGGACACAAAAGAGACAGAAGAAGAGUGCUCAUUAAAACUGGAGCACCUGAGGCCCUGGGGCCCUUUACGUGGCAAUUAA